GGAGGAUACCAAAGUCCUCCAGGCGCUGGGCGGUGUUAAAACACCAGCACUAACUUUAGCCACGGAGUUUAGUCCAGAUCCGGAGCCUAAAACCGACCAAAUGGCCCCACAGUACACAGAUCUAGAAUUGGCCAUCAAUACCCUGGUGACCCAGUUCCAUGCAGCCUCGCCUAAUGUGGGUCCAACUUUGACAGUGGAGGAGUUCCAGGGCAUGGUCUCCAAAGAACUGCCAACCAUGGUGAAGAAUGCUGGUGAACAAGAGGGGCUGAAUGAGCUGCUGAAGGAGAUGGGAGUGGAAGAGGGGCAUGGAGUCACUUUUGAGAACUUUUGGGUGCUGGUGAAUUCUCUAGCCAGCACUCAGUUUGGGCUGCUUCAGAAAGACAAAAGUGUUAAAUGUACCUGCCUGUUACUCUGAGGUCUAGGCAAGUGAAUAACCCAAACCUGAGCAAACAACUACAAUCAGCCUCUCCCACUUCCUGCAGUCCAGUGCUGUGCUGUCCAAGAUACCUAACAGGCCCUGCGUCACACCUCUCAGGCCUUAUCAUUAGCAUAUUACUAUUUUCUCUAGACAUAUUUAACCACACCUGCAAUAUAAAUGGUUAAGCACUGCCAACAUUACAACUUGGACCUACAAUUGGCUAACAGUUUAUGUUAUAAGAAGGAGCCUUUUAAUUUGCUGAUACGCUCUGGUGCUGCCGGUUUUGUUUAAAUGUUUUUAAAUCAUCUUGUCUUCAUGAUAUUUUUGUAUGAUAAUGAUGCUAAAUGAACUGGAGACCUAGAAAUGAUUUUAUGUUGUCUCUGUUGUUUUAAGACAAAUUAUUUGAUAAAUAACUGUUUUACACACAAUACAUUUUUAUACAGUGAAAAAAAGUGUUGUAACAGAUUAUAGUGUCACAUUAAAAAUAAUAAAACUAUGUAAUCUUGUUAACAUGAUGUGUACAUCUAUGUUAGAAUAACGAAGAGUUCAGUGACUCAAUCACUUGUUGAUGCAUAUAUUUAAGUUAUACUCCUUUGUCACCCAACCACACGUGUUUGUUCUUCUCAAGCAAGCCCAGGACAAGAUAGUCAUUUCUAUCAGUGUUUCUCAAUAAAUGGACAUAAAAUAUAUGCAUAUUAAAAUUAAACUGUGCAUCUAGGUGAAUUUAUAGAAUUGCAAUUAAUAGUGUAAGGCAGGGGAAGCUCUAAGAAAAAAAAAAACUGUGCUAUGCGAUGUUGGGAUAGAUUUUUUUUUUUUUGUAACAU